AUGGUGUCGGUUGUCGGAUUUUCUCGCGAUAUUUUAAAGGAAAUUGAAGAAUUAGGGUUUUCCUGUUCUUCUCGUUUUCUUCACUCAGAUUUGAGCAGAGUUUCUUUCUGCCGUUUCAUUGUUCGUUCCCUUUCGACAUUAGCCGCUUCUCGAGUAAAAUCCACACAUAAGCCCCGUUUGUUUGGAGGUUUUGAUGGAGUUGUUACAGAGCCCAAGGAGUUGAGAUCUGUUCGUCCAUUGAUGUGGAAGGUUUUGUAG